AUGGCAAUGACCUUUACGGAAGAUAGCAUCAAGGAGCUUAGAUUACGGCUGGAAGAUGCGGUAAUCAAAUGCUCAGAGCGCUGUCUCUAUCAGUCCGCAAAAUGGGCUGCAGAGAUGCUCAACUCUCUCGUCUCCACCGAUGGGAACGAUACUGAUGCUGAAUCACCAGUGGAAACGGAGCCACAACCGCAUGUAAAUCCAUUUACUUCUCAAUCAGAUCCCACCGAGGCUGCUCUGGAGUUACAAGAAGCACACAAAUACCUGUUAGCAAAGUCCUACUUCGACACCCGAGAAUAUGAUCGAUGCGCCGCUGUCUUUCUCCCUCCUACGAUACCACCCGUUUCUCUCUCUAACGUGUCUCCGAACGUCAAGAGCAGGACGUCAUUGACCCCUCAGAAAGGCAAAAGAAAGUCCUUCAUACGACCGGGAUCAAAAGCUGGUCAGGCGCUACCCCGAAAUCCGUAUCCGAAGCUCAGUCAGAAAUCUCUUUUCUUAGCAUUAUAUGCCAAAUAUCUAGCCGGAGAGAAGCGACGGGAUGAGGAGACAGAAAUGGUAUUGGGGCCUGCAGAUGGUGGUAUGACUGUCAAUCGAGAGCUGCCAGAUCUUGCUCGAGGGUUAGAGGGUUGGUUCGCAGAGCGGGAAGAACGUGGACUGCAAGAUCGUGGCCAGGGGUGGUUAGAGUACUUGUAUGCGGUCAUUCUCUUGAAGGGCAAGAAUGAGGAAGAAGCGAAAAAAUGGUUGGUACGGAGUGUGCACCUGUUUCCGUUUCAUUGGGGUGCUUGGCAGGAACUGAAUGAACUGUUACCAAGUGUUGACGAUUUAAAACAAGUCGCAGAGACCCUUCCACAAAACAUCAUGUCCUUUAUUUUCCAGGUUCAUUGCAGUCAGGAACUGUAUCAGGCCACUGAUGAAACACAUCAAACUCUCAACGGCCUUGAAUCUAUUUUCCCGACUAGCUCAUUCUUGAAGACCGAGAGAGCUCUUCUAUACUAUCACUCCAGGGAUUUCGAAGAGGCUUCAGCAAUAUUUGCAGAUAUACUUAUUGAAUUCCCCCAUCGCUUAGAUAGCCUCGACCAUUACUCCAACAUUUUGUAUGUCAUGGGAGCAAGACCUCAACUCGCAUUCGUUGCACAACUAGCCACAGCAACGGACAAAUUUCGACCAGAAACCUGCUGCGUGGUAGGAAACUACUACUCCCUAAAAUCUGAGCAUGAAAAGGCAGUCAUGUACUUCCGACGAGCUCUUACACUCGACCGCAACUUUUUAUCGGCAUGGACCCUCAUGGGCCAUGAAUAUAUCGAAAUGAAAAACACACACGCAGCGAUCGAAUCUUACCGUCGUGCCGUCGACGUCAAUCGUAAGGAUUACCGAGCAUGGUACGGUCUAGGUCAAGCAUACGAAGUCCUCGAUAUGUCGUUCUAUGCCUUGUAUUACUAUCAACGCACCGCUGCAUUGAAGCCCUACGAUCCCAAGAUGUGGCUAGCAGUAGGGACCUGUUAUGCCAAAAUGGGCCGUUUGCAGCACAGCAUCAAAGCUAUGAAACGUGCUCUGGUUGCAGGUGCAUACUAUGAGCAAAGCCUCGAUGCUGAUCCGACGCAUCCUUCGGCAGGACGUAAGGUCCUCGACCCGGACACACUCCAUCAAAUAGCGUUGCUGUAUGAACGAUUGGGUGAUGAGGAUGAAGCCGCGGCGUAUAUGGAACUUACUCUACAACAAGAAAGUGGAGAAAUCGAACGAAAUGAAAUGGACUCUGACGACGAUGAUGACGCCCUCGGUGACGAUGGGAACUCGGAUGACGAGACGACUGGACUACGGUCUCGACGACAACGACGCCGCCAACAGAAAAGUAGAGAUGAUGAUAAUGAGGUCGAAGCUGUGGGUGGUACAGGCGUUACGGCGACGACAUCCAAAGCGCGAUUGUGGCUUGCUCGAUGGGCACUCAAGCAUGGAGAUCUAAACAGAGCGGAUCAGUUGGCCAGUGAGCUGUGUCAGGACGGGAUAGAAGUUGAAGAAGCGAAGGCUUUGAUGAGAGAUGUUAGGGCGAGAAGGGAGGGUGGGGAUGAAAAACAACUCCAUAUAUAGAUAGGAAUUUGGUAUCUUAAUGCUUUAUGAUAUAUGAUCUUGUUCUUGUCG